AAGAUGGAUUUGAUGUUACGAAAGUUAGUAACUUAAUAAGUAAAGCAAAAACAUUAAACAGUUAUAUUAGUGAUAAAGAUAAAUACCGUGAAAGCCAUUAUGAAUUACAAGCUGAAUUAAAUCCGCAGCCCCAAGUUAAUCCUCUUUCAAAUGAUACAAGAACUCAUGAAUUAGCAAAACUUUUACAUCCUUUCACGCAGGCAACUGGAUAUAUUGGAGGAAGCCAAUAUCCCACUUUAGGAAUGAUGAUUUCUACUCUCAUUAAGCUCUUACGUUAUUUAAGAGAAUUUUAUCCUGCAAUUACUUCACAAACAAUUAAAAAAGAAAAUGGUGGUUGGAUAGGACUGAAUAUGGCUGAGACAGUUGGCAAACUAUUUAUUCAAGAUUUAACUUAUAAAGAAAUAAUUGAAAGCUUACAACCUACUAAGACCAUUAUGCAAGAUAUUUUUAAACAAUUAGAGCUCAAGGGAGAAAAUUUUUUUACAUUUAAAUUAGCAACAGAUCAAGAGAUUGAAUGCUUGUGGGAGUUAGUACUUGAAUUGGAUGAUUCAUUGGUACCUGAAGACAUGUCUUGA